AUGGAGAUGAGUAUGGGGUUUCUUUUCUUGGUUCUGGCCGUGGUCGCACGCACUGCAGCCACGCCGCCAGUCUUAACAAUCAUGAGUCCAGAUGGGGAUAUCGUUGAUUGCAUCAACAUCAACGAUCAGCCUGCUUUUGAUCACCCUCUUCUGAGGAAUCAUACAGUUUUGGAAGCACCGGCAUAUCUGCCAGACAUAGACGAUACCAACUGGCAGGUAUGGCACGAAAACGGGACGAAAUGUCCUAAAGGGACAAUCCCCGUACGACGACUGAGCGGAACGAUAGGUUCUCAACCCGGUCGAGAAGCCACUCUUGGACAUGAGUAUGCUAUUGGGUUCUUGAAUCCUCCACCGCCUAAGAUUUAUGGCACAAAAGCUGUCAUGAAUGUUUGGCAUCCGAAGGUUGAACGAGCGAAGGAGUUUAGUUUGGGGCAGGUGUGGCUCACCGCAGGUUCCUAUGAAAACAACGAACUCAACAGCAUCGAGGCCGGCUGGCAGGUUUAUCCCGAAAUAUACAUGGAUUAUCAGCCGCGACUUUUUAUCUUCUGGACUGCCGAUGCAUACACUUCCCCGAAGUGUUAUAAUCUGCGUUGCCCUGGUUUUAUACAAACGAGUCGCAAGGUGCUUAUUGAAGGUGCAAUCUCACCACAAUCUACUUUCGGAGGCUCUCAGACCGAGCUCACGAUCCAGAUAUGGAAGGAUCCGAACCUCGGACCCUGGUGGUUAGGUGUCCGGUUGAGCAAUGGGAGUGACCUUACUCGGAUAGGUUACUGGCCAUUGGAGCUUUUCACAAGCCUCACGGACCAUGCUGAAAACGUCCAGUGGGGUGGUGAGAUCGUAAACCUUAAUGUCUCUGGACGGCACACGUCUACUCAAAUGGGGUCAGGAUUUCUCCCGGGCAAUGAUAAAGCGGCUUACGUUAGAGAUCUACAGAUUGCUCUCAGCAUAGGCAAAUUUCAGGCUGUUUCCGAUCUCAAAGUUGGAGCUACAAACCCGACUUACUACAACGUCGAAAAGUACAGCAACACUAGCUUUGCUUACGGAGGACCAGAGCGUGGAGACGCGGUUCAGCUUAGCUUAGACGCAGUUCUUGUUUGUAUAUGUUGUUUCGGUCUUUUCUUGUUCUUUUAG